AUGGCUGCCUCGCCCAGCUCGGCGGACGCCGCGUCGGACGCAGAGAACCCGAGUUCUCCUGCUCAAGCAGAGAGCAAGCCCUCCGUCUCGCGCGCCGCCGACGCUGAGGAUGAAGACACAAUCGUCGCCACCACCACCGAGACUGCGGAGAAGCCCUCCCGGAGCAAGGGAAAGGGAAAGGACAAGGACAAGGACAAGGACGCGCAGCCCCAGAUUGGCAAGAUCAGGCACCUGAAGAAGGAGGAUGGAGAGCCUCUUUGGCGCAAGGAUAUCCAGUACGACUUUCUCAGGGCAGUCUUCGACAACGAACAAAAGGUCUUCACCAACUCGUACGACCCGGAGCUGGAGAAGCAGUGCUUCGCCGACUUGUACAUCGACACCAUGGCUCGCAGUUCCAAGACGAGCAAGGUGCUGAGGGACAAGCUGAUGAAUGACCGAGAAGCCGCCAAAGGCAUGGCAAUGGUCUGUCUGCUGGUCAACAUGGGCCGCAUGAACACGACCCUCAAUUUCUUCCCCGAAAUGCGAGCCCAGCUGCGGACAUACCACGCCAUUCCUUCUCUCCAAGCGCAGCAAGAUCCUCACGCCUACAAGCAGCUGCAGGAUGCUCCACGUCUCAAGUCCAUCCUCAAGGGUGGCGCUGAAGACAGGGAUGAGCCGAAUUCUCUCGACAAGAUUAAAAACCGGGACAUUCCUCGCACAAAUCCCGUCAACCUCAUCUUUGUCAUGUGCAAUUCGGCACAAAAGGUCGCGGAGCUGCACUUUCCACUCCAUCGCGAGUUUCACGAUGUCAUCAUGAAGACGCAGUACACCAGCGCGUCGCGAGCAAGGGCCUUCCUGUGGCUCAUGUGGUUCUAUCUCGAAUCUGACUUCACGGAGGAGGGAUGCGAGGAGAAUCCGUUCGGCCCGGGCGUCGACUACGGCCUCGAUGUCGCCAAUCAAGGCGUCCCGGAGCUUGAGGAAAUGACCCCGGAACAGGAGGCUCAAGAGAACGUUGACCCCGAAGUCGAAAUCGAGUUUGGCCACGAAAAGCAGAAGAUAAGGGCUACUAUCUUGGAGAUGGACCAUCAAUAUAUGACUGAGCGGGAGAAGCGUACCAAGGUCCGGCCGUCGAUCGGAGAGGAAGGCCCGGCGAUCCUGCCUCGAAUCCGGCCGAGCAAGCACGAGUCCGACAUGGAGAGUACGCGAUCCACGCCGCCUCCACGAGCGCUGGCUCGAACGAUUGCCGUCAUGAACGGACGCAGAGCAGCGCCUCUCAAGUACCAGAUUUUCGAGGGUUCCUCGCCGGCUCGGCAAGGAGCCGAAACGGGCGUCGUCGCCAGAAAGCCUCGUCCACCGACGGCUCACCAGCUUGCGGUUGAGCGAAAUCGAAGCCAAAGGGUGGAAUACAUCCUGGACCGCGGCCUCCGGAAGCACCAUCACAAGAGCAGAAAGAUUAGGCGUCAAGAGGGCGCCAUUGUCAGAACGUACAGGCGUUUGCAGGCUCAGGUUGAUCCUUUCGAGGACAGUGACGACGAAAACAACGCUCCACGUAACCUGCCCGUCGAGAAGGGCAACGUCUUCAGAGAGAGGGGCGUCGGCGGCCUCUGCCUCCUGGCCACGGACAAGGACGAUUACGGCGAAGAAGUGAGCUCGUACGCCGCCGCCAUCCGACGUUCCGUUCGACGCCUGGCUCGUUGGCGAGAGCACAGAGACACGCUCGGCGUCAUUGCUCCGGUGAAGAAGCCCAAGCCGCCCACGGCCAACGAAAACACCGAGAGCGAGAUGGCAGUGGAUGCACCAGAAGGCCUCGCGGACGAAGCUUCCGAUGUCAGGGUCAACGGUAACACGUCCAAGGAGGACAAGGACGGCGGCGGCGAUGUUGCCAUGAUGGAUGAUGUGGAUAUGGAGGAGGCCGAUCAAGCGGCUCUAGGCGACGAAGACGCUGAUGACCCCGACAAGACCGAGGUCAUGGUUGACUCGGAGGUUGAGUAG